AUGCUCUGUGAUUUGACCUCUGACAUUCAAAAGUAGAUUCUAUGUCACAGGUGUAAAGCUGAUUUUAGAUUUUAACGGCGAUAGCACAUUUUCUGCACCCAAUAUUUUGAGGAUAACAUCACGAGAGUUGUCAAAUGUCAAUUUUGGUUUAGUGCUUCUUGUGACGUCGUAGAUGGAAGACGUCUGCCCGUUCUGACGCGUAAGAUGAAUUUUUAAAUUCGAAAAAUGCAUUGACAUAAAUUAUUAUGAUGAGUGGCAAACGCAUUUUCCUGCGUGAAGUUAUUGCGUAAUAAAUUACGUGAUAUGUAAUAUGACAAAUGCAUAAAAACAUAAUAACACUAUCUAAAAUCCAAAGAAAACUAUGAACUACCUAAGUCCCUUCCUUUUAAACAAAAGCUGAAUUAACGCUGGUUUGUUUAAAAAACUGUGUUCACGAAGUUUACAAAAAUAAACUUUGUAACCAAAUGGCUGUAACACGUUCGCGUUGAAUUGUUUACAAAAAAUAAAGUUAAAAUAAAAACAUUUUUAAAAAGUGUGUAAAAACAUAAAAUGGCUUUUAGUCUGACUCCGUCGCACAUGUUCGGCGAACUUGGUCGCCUAGCAAGUUGGUUUAAAGGCGAUUGCAUCACGUCUGAAGAGUUCAGCGGCCUUGCAGUCACUGAAAAGCUGGAGAAUGUCCAGAUGCUGGAUAAGUACAACCUCCGGAACCCGUCGAAAGGCACGCUGUACUUCGCCACCACACACCUCAUCUUCGUCGACCAUGAAAUGAGGAAGGAGACAUGGAUUCUCCUGAUGCACAUAUCCUCCGUGGAAAGGUUGCCCAUCACGACAACAGGCUCUCCUCUGCUAGUCCGCACGAAAACUUUCCAGUCGGUGUUCUUCGUGAUCCCGCGCGAGAGAGACUGCCAUGAAAUGCACCAGACCCUGCUAAGACUGAGCCAACCAGUUCACCUGGACGAGCUAUACUGCUUCCACUACAAGUCCACCCCGGAUGAUCUGCCCAAGUCAGCUGGGUGGAACUUCUUCGAUAUCCAGACUGAGUACCAGAGGAUGAACGUGCCAAAUGACCAGUGGGUCCUGUGCACCUCCAAUAGGGAUUAUGAGCUUUGUGAUACGUACCCAAGUGAGAUCUACGUGCCAGCGCGCGCAUCCACGGCUGUUCUUCUAGGCAGCGCGAGCUUCAGAUCACGCGGCCGUCUGCCAGUACUGGCUUACUUACAUCACAACAAGGCCGCCAUAGCACGGUGUAGCCAGCCACUCAGCGGAUUUUCCGCCAGAUGUAUGGAAGACGAACAAAUGUUGGACCUGAUCCGGCGAGCGAAUCCAAAUUGCGGCUACAUGUACGUUGUUGAUACAAGACCGAGGAUUAACGCCAUGGUGAAUCGCGCGGCGGGGAAAGGCUACGAGAACGAAGCUUUCUAUGAGAACAUAAAGUUCCAGUUCAUGGGCAUCGGGAACAUACACGUGAUGCGCAAGAGUCUGCAGAAACUUGUCGAAACAUGUGAACAAAACUCACCGACUAUGUCCUCGUUUCUGAGUGGCUUGGAAUCAUCGGGAUGGCUGAAACAUAUAAAAUCGAUACUUGAUACGUCAUGGUGGAUAGCGACGGCCAUAGAGAGCGGCGUGAGUGUGUGCGUGCACUGCAGCGACGGCUGGGACCGCACCGCGCAAGUGUGCUCGCUCGCGGCGAUCUGUCUCGAGCCUCACUACAGGACCAUUAACGGCUACCAGGCUCUAAUCGAGAAAGACUGGCUGUCGUUCGGCCACAAGUUCACGGCGCGCUGCGGGCACGUGGCGUGCGACAGUCGCGAGCGCUCGCCCGUCUUCACGCAGCUGCUCGACUGCACGUGGCAACUGCUCAGGCAGGCGCCGGAGGCCUUCCAGUUCAACGAGAGGUUUCUGCUAACGCUACAUGAUCACGCGCACGCGUGCCAGUACGGAACCUUCAUUGGCAACUGCGAGAAAGACAGGAGGGACCUUAGGUUAUCGGAACGAACGUUUUCGCUGUGGGGCUACAUGGCGAGUCACCUCAAUGAGUAUAAAAAUCCUCUCUACAACCCCAAGGCACACCCGGACGUGCUCAAACCAGACCUCAGUCCUCAGAGUAUCAGGUUUUGGCGUGGGAUGUACUGCCGGCACGAGAGCGGCGUCCACCCGAGGGAGUCGCUCGCUGACAUCCUGCCGGCUGCCGUGGAACAUUCUGGCGCUCUGACUCACCAUAUCGACUACCUCGCUAAGAGAAUUUCAACUUUCAAAAGUCUUCUAAUCGGACGCAAAGCGGACAAAAGCCUGGAGUCCACAGUAGUCAACUACCAGAACGGAAGUGAGGACACCGUGGACAUAGACACCAAAGUUGAGGCUCUUCAGAUUGAUAACAAAUUACUGUACGAGUCCGGUGGUAGUCUCUCGGAGCUGGAAUGCGCCAAUCACGACCACCCACUGAAGGACGUGGGAGCCGCACCGCCAAAAGGAAACAAAAUACCACUUAUUACUGAGAAAGUGGACGCGGCGAUACCGGCGACUCUGGCCGAGCUAGAAGCGGAGAUCAACACGGUAGCUCUCGACUGGAAGAGCAUCAAGAAUGUCACCGAGUGUAGCUGCUCCACGCCGCUCGACCACUUCAGCAGAAAGCACCACUGCUGGGGCUGCGGGCGCUGCGUGUGCACGCGCUGCGUGUGUGCGCGCGCGCCGCUGCCCGCGCUGGCCGCGCCGCGCGCCGUGCCGCUGUGUGCCUCUUGCGCGCCCAGCACACCCACCUCUCCUCCACCGAGUAAGCCUAAAAGUGAUGAUCAAGUAAUAAAUGACAGCAAUAAAAUGAUGGGUCUAAAUACUGUACAUGAUACAAAGGGUAAAGUUGUUGAAAUUGACAAAGACACCAUAAUUACUCGACAUAUAAAUAAUUUGAAGAUUUCCAAACGCAGGAACACCCUAAAAUCAGAUCAGGAAAGCCCAGACUGGUCAUACAGCGCAUUCCCUGAAGAAGUAAAGAAACACGCAGACGACUUCAAACGCAACAUGUCUGAGUGUCUCAAAGAAGUUCAAGCGAGCGACAAAAGAACAGUCAAACGCUUGUCGCCCAACAAGGAGUCGCCGGUACACGGCGAGUGCCUCAUCGCGUGCGUGUUGAAACGGAACGGCGUUAUUCAACACGGGAAAGUGCGAAAAGAAAAUUUGCUAUCAUUAGUAAGAAAGUUCUAUGCAAAGGACGAGAAAUUGAUUAAGAAGUUGGAAAAGAAUUUGGAUCGCUGCAUCGAAACCAGUGUUCGAAGCAAAGACGAUUGUGCGAUUGCCGCACGCCUCAACGAAUGUACAAACGAUCUUAUGGCGAAUAAUAAACAUAAAAUUACUGUAAAAUAUUGAUAAAUAACUAUGUAGUUAAUAAUAA